AUGUCUAUGUCCAUGUCGGAUAUGUCAAUGACAUUCUUCACCUCCUUCAAAACGCCCCUCUACUCCGAAGACUGGACUCCUACAUCGAAGGGAACCUACGCCGGUACCUGCAUAUUUUUGAUUGUCCUCGCUGUUAUCUUGCGUGUCCUCAUUGCCGUACGGCCAGUGCUAGAGGGUCGUCUUUGGACCGACGGAAUUAGCCAUGGGAGUGAGCCUCUCAUCGGGGAACAUGAUCGUCAGAAACACAUCUCAGGUGUGCAAAAGAGCUUCCAAGAAUUGGGACGGAGAUGGUCCAGAUGGCGUGUGAAUCCCGCUGCUGGCCGUGCAACUUUUGAAUUGAUCCUUGCAGGUGUUGCAUACUUACUGAUGUUAGCGAUCAUGACAAUGAAUGUUGGAUAUUUCCUCUCAGUUCUUGGUGGUAUCUGGCUUGGGACGUUCGUCAUGGGCAGUGUCGCAGCUGAUAGCUCGUGGAUGCACUGCUGA